CACUGCAAUCGGAUCAUCAAUUUCGAACAGCUAACAGCAACACCCCACCAUCAUCAAUGUCGAACAAGCUAACAGCAACUGCCACCCACCGCCACCAUAAAUGAGUCAUGGAAGCGAGCAAGGUAGGUAUAUUCGAAGAGUCUUCAAAUCAAACCAAACUCCGCAAGCUUUGAGCUCCUCCGAUCCAUCUCCUCUGAAAUCUCAUUUCUCCGUGAUCUUCCAGUGUACAUGGGGGUUUGUCGGAGCUUUCACAGGUUUAUUAUGUGUUUUGCAGGUAUCGUUUGAUAUUCUAUUAGCCAACAUUUCAUGGAUAGAGAUUCAGGAGAACAACUAAGGAGAGAGAUGGUAAUGGCAUCAGAAAGGGAGAAUUUUGAGCUUUCAGGACCAUUGCACCUAUCUAGUAUGGACUGGAAGAGUACAGAUUAUCGAAGAUCUGUUGCAGCUUGUUUGGUACAGGGUGUCUACAUUCUGGAACGCGAUCGCCAGGAAAAGCGGCAGGGAAGUGAAGCACUUGCUCCUCCAUGGUGGAAUUUCUUCCAUUUUCAAUUACGCACUCCGCUUGUUGAUGAGGCUGAUUCAUCUACCUUUGGUGCCAUCUAUGAAUUGAAACACCCAAUGCCUCAUGAUAAAAGUUCAGUUAAUGACAGCCCACGUUAUGUUAUUGCUUUUCGAGGUACAUUAACCAAGGGUGAUGCAUUCUCCCGGGACCUCCAAUUGAAUGUCCACUUAGUCCGGAAUGACCUCCACCAGACGUCUCGAUUUGAAAUAGCCAUUCAAGCUGUUCGGAGCAUUGUUGCAACAUAUGGAAGUUCAAAUAUUUGGCUAGCUGGGCACUCUCUGGGAUCUGCCUUGGCAUUGCUUGUUGGAAAGAGUAUGGCAAAAACAGGAGUCUUACUUGAAGCUUUUCUGUUUAAUCCACCAUUUGUUUCAGCUCCAAUUGAGAGAAUAAAGGACAAAAAAGUCAAACAUGGGCUUCGAAUUGCAAGUAGUGUCGUAACCGCUGGACUUGCUUUUGCUAUGAAAAAUAGCCACCGGAAGAAUCAAACAGGAGAUACAUUUGUUGCAUUGUCAGAAUGGAUGCCAUGCCUAUUUGUUAAUCCAGCGGAUCACGUAUGCUCUGAGUAUAUUGGGUAUUUUGAACACAGGAAAAACAUGGACGAGAUUGGUGUUGGACUAAUUGAGAAAUUGGCAACCCAGCACUCACUUGGGGGUCUCGUUAUGACCGCAAUGGGCAAGGAGGCAGAAGAGCCCCUACACCUUAUUCCUACUGCGAAAUUAACAGUUAAUUUAUCUCCCUCGCAAGAAUUCAAAGAAGCCCACGGAAUACACCAAUGGUGGAGGUCUGAUCUGCUCUUAGAAUUGAAAACUUACAAGUACUGAUGGUUGUUAUGUUGUACAGGUAUUGACAAUUUAUUAUAGAAUUAUGCUGUACAGGAAUUGUCACAUAAUUCCUGAUUUAUAUUAUAAAUGUAAUACCAGGAUCGAUGCUAAAAUGAUUAUGGGUGUAGUCCGCUGGAGUUUAUUGUGGAAUUAUGAGGUGAGAUGGAUCAAGCGUGAUCUUCAUUUUCACUAUUCUGAGCUUUUUAUGCAACCUGACGUGCAGUAUUUGAAACUCGAAGCACUCAGUAGUAAGCACAUAUGCACAGUUUGAUCAGGUUUGUUAGUACAAGCAUUCUGCAGAAAACCCAGAAAUCCACUCAUACCUGAAAUUUUAGGUUGGCUUCAAUGAUUGUUGAUGGAGUUUGUGAUACUUUUUGGGCUGGUUGGAUUUUUGGUUUGUUGAAAAAUUCGGCUCAUGUUCAAGUUUGACUCUUUUGGCUUGUGUAGUAUAUGCUAAUGUACAGCUUCAACCAUGGCAAUUACGCCAGACAGCUACCACUUAAAAUGGAAAUGGACGACCUGAAGAGCCCGGGAGCUGCUUUGGCUAAUCAGUGCUAAUCUUAACUAUACGUCCUCGAGUUUGAUGUCUUGAAUCUUGAGGAUGCUAUUAAGCGCUAGUGGGACAGGGAUGAAAUUUGACGUAUGAAAAGUGAAUUUCUGUUAAAUUCUUAGCUGCCUGCCUUAUUCAUUUUUUAGGUCCCAAGGAGCAAAGCACGGGAACAUUCAAAAGAAACGGUAGUAUUCUUCUUGUGCCAUUUGUGUUGUGGUUUCUUCCAAGUUCAGAUUUACAGUAAGGCUCUUUUCUCUGCCA